AUGUGCGUCAGAGCUCUACAGAACUGCAGGGAGGGCUGUAAAUCAAAGGAAGGCAAAGAGAAGGCCCAGGGGGCAGGUCGUGGGGUGAGUAUGCUUAUCCCAGGGAGUGGGGUUUGCCCCCACUUCACUCUGAGAUUUUCAGCCUGGCGUGCUAAGCCCCCUGUCCCCGGAGUGGCCAUUCAUGCACUAAAUGGCCAUAACUGCCUCAUCAGCAGCUUGUCAGCUGUAAAUUCUAAUCCCGGGCCAGGUCUCUCUUCCCAGGACCAAAGUCAUAAAGAUGUUUGCCCUUGCACAGGUCUUUGA